UCGCGGGCGGGGGGCUGGGGGUUGGGCCUUGUCCCCGCGGGGGGGGGGGGGGGGGGGGGGGGCGGGGGGGGGGAGUGGGUCCAAAAUUUCUACCCUAAACACUUCAACACUCCUUUCAGAUCGUGUUUCACAAAAGCAAAAGAGUGUAUUUUUCUAUUAAGUUUCUUAUUAAAAUAUAGUGGAAUUCACCAAUGAGUUCCAUCGUCUCGAAUGUGUUUAAAAUAUUUAGAAAAUUUGUCAUACUUAUUAACUUUCGUGGAUAAUUUGUUUGUUCGUUUUAAUUCAUUCCAGAAAAGAGGAUAUUUAUAUGAAGUUCGUAUAGACAUGUCAAAAGACUGAUAAAAUUUAGAUGUAACAUAGAAUACUAAGAUCAUUUUAAUAACGAUAAACAUUUUAACUGCAUGUUACAGAAGUGUUAAAGAGGUUUUUUUUCGAAGUGCACGAAGUAAAUUGGAUUAGGCUACGAAAUAAUUUUUUCUAACACUUGGAAUCACUUAUUGUAUUCUUAUUCGCAUUUUGGACAUUAAUGACUGACUUGAACGUACAGGUUUAUUUUGUUUGCCGUUUGUUUUAGGCAAAUGCAACUGUACAUGUAGCACAACCUGUAAAAUUAGCCAAAGCACUUGUUUCAACUUCACGUUUAUACAACCGUAAUAUGUUCUAUGAAUGA